AUGGAAGCCUUGGAUCACAGACUCAACACCUUCUUGGAGUCAUGGUUGGGUCCCAAAGAUCCCCGGGUGCGGGGGUGGCCGUUGCUGGACAACUAUUCGCCGACCCUUGCCGUCACUUUGGUGUACCUUGUAGUGGUGUGGACAGGGCCCAAGUACAUGAAAGGCAGGAAAGCGUACUCCUGUAAAGGCGUCCUGGUACUCUACAAUGCGGGCUUGACGCUCCUGUCACUCUGCAUGUUCUGCCAGCUUGUUUGUGCUCUUUGGAGCGGCAGCUAUGACUUCUACUGCCAGAACCUCCACAGUGCACCAGAAGUGGAUAAGAAGGUCAUGAAGGUCCUGUGGUGGUAUUACUUGUCCAAGUUCAUUGAGUUCAUGGACACUUUUUUCUUCAUUCUGCGAAAGAACAACCACCAGAUCACAUUUCUUCACAUCUACCAUCACACCACCAUGCUUAACAUCUGGUGGUUUGUCGUGAACUGGCUCCCAUGCGGUCAAUCGACUUUCGGCCCAUGCCUCAACAGUUUUGUCCACGUGGUCAUGUACUCAUACUACGGCCUGUCAACCAUACCCGCUAUGCGGCCGUACCUCUGGUGGAAGAAGUACAUCACGCAGCUACAGUUGAUCCAGUUCCUAUUAACCAUAUUGCAGACAAUGUGUGCAAUCAUGUGGCCGUGUGGUUUGCCCUUAGGAUGGCUGUACUUCCAAAUCACUUACAUUCUCACUCUCAUUGUCUUCUUCACCAACUUCUACAUCCAGGUCAGUUUUUGUUCAAAAGUCAUAAAAAUGAUAUAA